GACACAGCCACGACACUGCAAACAGAUUGUGACACUGAAACCAAAGACAGUGAAAGGAGAAAAAUACAAAUAUUAACAGGUGUGAAGUUAUACCCCAUCACUAUGGAAACAGAGCCCAUGGUCAGCCCCCGAUCUCCUAAGAGUCCAGUCACCCAGGAGGAUUGUGGUCUCUGGAUGGAGGUUGGCUGUAAACCGGCAGAGGACACAGAUAUGGCCAAAGACAACUCCUCCCUGACUUCUGGGGAAAAGCCCUGUGAGGCCUGGCAGGCUGUCAUACCACCUCCCCCUUUGGUCAGCGCAGGCCACCCCGAUAGGAUGGAGGAGGAUGAGUACGUCUUCAUCCUGCCCCCACCGUGCAAAGACCCUUCUUGUCCAGAAGAGGGCAACACUAUGGAGCCCAAUGUUGGGGCCAUAAGCGUCACAGAGGCUAAAGAAAAUCCCAGGAGCUUAGAUGGAGUUCAAUCUGAGCAGCCUAGCAGCACUCCAGUCAUGGACAAGGCUACAGUAACAGUGGAAGAGGAGCAGCAGACUGAACUGAAGAAGGGAGGAUCUGAGGAUAUCACAGUGCUGACUGAAAGACCUGGCUCUGUCACGCCACCGCCAACAGACGGAUAUAAAGCAGUGGGUGCCAGUAGCCCUGAGCAGCCACAUCCGAACAUGGAAACCAGCAUUCUGAAAGAGACAGAUUCUGUCCCAUCAUCACAGACAAGGGAGUCUGAGCCAGAGCACAGCCUUGACAACAAUAGUCAUCCAACCCAUGAAGGUACCAUCAUAGAGCCAGAACAUACAGACGAGAGUAAGAAUGAUGUUGAGGACAUGGUCGAUGGUAGAUCACUAGACUACGACAUGACCAAAGACGAGUGGGUCAGGAGAGACAGUGCUAGCAGUGAUGUCCAGUGCCUCCUGCCUCACCUAUCUAUUUCAAGAGGCUUAUCCAGAGAACAGGUAUCAGUGCCCUCGCCUCAGUCACCUGCCUCUGAGCAGCAGGAGCAGCAGGUUAGCAGCCUGACAGUAGCUGAAGACAUCCAGCAGGGGGAGCAGCUGCUGCAUCGCCUGCAUCUGGUGCAACAGAGACAGGACGGACAACACAUGCCACAGGAGCCUCCGUCCUCUCACCAGGUAGCCACCAAUCAGGAUACAGGCUACCAGGAGGGAGAGAGAAUUGAGUGUAGGAAGGAAGAGGAAGGAGGGAGUGAGGGAAGCGGUGAAGAGAGAGUACAGACUGUCGAGGUGGAAGAGAGAGAGCAGGGAGAGCGAGUACAGACUGUCGAGGUGGAAGAGAGAGAGCAGGGAGAGCGAGUACAGACUGUCGAGGUGGAAGAGAGAGAGCAGGGAGAGCGAGUACAGACUGUCGAGGAUUGA